AUGGAAUUAUCAUUUCGACCGUUGGCGUCGAAUGCCUUGCGUGGCUAUACAUUAAGCCGUCGGGUUUUACGAUAUGGCUCUACUCGAAGGUUAGCGAUAUCGGGGGUUUUACGCGGUUUGACGGCGAGUCGAUUGAUGCAGCGGAGAUGUAUUGCUACAUCUGACCUGAGUUAUGUGGAGGGACCUCAAGAACCACCAUUGCUUACAUGCACGAUACCAGAGCAUUUCUCAGGGAUAGUUUCGCAAUAUGGCGACCGUCCAGCAGCCAUAUUCCGGUCUCCAACGACCGCUGACAUGAACCCUACAUUAACAUCAUCUAAACCGGAGACUACCACUUUGACAUAUGAGGAUCUUGACACUCAGUCAAAUAUCCUCGCGCACUCACUGCGGUCCCUUGGCGUAAAAAAGGGGGAUCGUGUCGCCGUGAGCCUAGGGAACGUCACCGAACAGGUCGUGUUAACUUAUGCCAUCUUUAAGUUGGGUGCCGUCUUGGUUCCGCUCAACCCGACCUUUAACGCCUACCAAAUCAGCGCCGGACUGUCCCGCCUUGGCGUCGAGGUCCUCAUUAUCGCAGCCGUUACGGACCUCUCUUAUAAGCCUUGCCGUGGCCGCAGCAACUACGACAUCUUGUCUGCCCUUGUACCUGAUCUAUCUGAUAAUAAAAUCGAGUCAUCAACUGUCCCCACGCUCAAGUCCGUGGUGCUCGUAGAUAACACACCCUCUCACCCCCUCGCAGGCUUUCCACCCAUACAAGAACUUAGUGCACUAAUCCCCUAUUCAUCACUCCUCUUAUCUUCCUCCUCGUCUUCUUCUCUCUCCCGUUCGAUAACACCAGACGCUCCGCUCACUCCAGCGGAAACGAUUAACAUUCAAUUCACAUCAGGCACGACGUCCAUGCCAAAAGCCGCGAUGCUAAACCACACCAACAUCCUGAACAACGGCCGACUAAUUGCGGCACGCAUGGGGCUUGAUCCUAGUGACAGGAUAGUGUGUCCACCGCCGCUUUUCCACUGUUUCGGUUUCGUGCUAGGGUUUAUGGCAAGUAUAACGACGGGAUCUUGUAUCGCGUUCCCGAGCCCGGCCUUCGACCCUGGAGCCUCUCUGCGUGCUGGCGCGGAGUUACGCGCUACGGGGUUUUAUGGUGUGCCUACUAUGUUCGCGGCUGAGUUUGAGCUCCUCGCCAACCCAACUUUUGCCGCAAGUUUGCCACCAGGUGGCCUUAGUAACCUACGCAAGGGCAUUGCAGCAGGUAGUUCGAUUCCGGAACCGCUAAUGCACGAGUUGGAAGAGAAGCUGGGGCUUAGAGAAUUGGUUAUCUGCUACGGGAUGACGGAGACUAGUCCCGUAAGCUGCAUGACAGCGCCCACGGACCCGGAUAAUCGACGCACUAGUACCGUGGGCCGCGCGAUGCCACAUACGACCGUUAAGAUCGUCGCGCCGGGUGAUCGGUCACGAAUUGUGCCGCGUGGGCAGUGCGGCGAGCUAGCUGUGACAGGAUACCUACUCAUGAAGGGGUACUGGGACGACGAGGCACGAACAGGUGAGGAUCUAAUUCGAGAUCAAGAUGGUAGGUUGUGGAUGUAUACUGGCGAUGAAGCGCGCAUGGAUCGCGACGGGUAUGUCGAAAUCACAGGCCGCAUAAAGGAUUUAAUUAUCAGGGGUGGUGAAAACAUACACCCACUCGAAAUCGAAACCGCACUCGUAAGACACCCGCGCGUGCGCGAAGCCAGCGUCGUGGGGGUACAGGAUGAACGGUACGGCGAGGUUGUCGGCGCAUUCGUAGCAGUGCACGCAGGCGUCAAGACACUAGAAGAUGGCGAGGUAGACGGGGGUGAAGGGGAAGCACUGUCUAAGGAUGAGGUGAGAGAUUGGGUCCGCAAACAGCUUUCGGGUCAUCUAGUGCCGAAGUACGUCUUUUGGACCGACGAGUUCCCCAAGACGGCCAGCGGGAAGAUACAGAAGUUUAAGUUGAGGGAUGAUGCGAAGGAGUUACUCGGUAAGGCGGCGAAAUAG